AGCUGCGAUAGCAGCUCAGAGGCUGUGCCUCAUGACUUCAUCCCUCCCUGCUGAGGGGAGACGGGAACAUCAUUAUCAGCUACCGAUGAGUCCUGAUUUGGAGCCAGCAGUGAAAAUGUCCUCGGAUGUAGGGCUCCUCCUCCGCCCCAAGGGUGACUCGAACCUGCUGGGAAGAUGGAGGAAGAGCUGGAGGGGAGAGAUGAGAAGAAAGAGGUGCAAAUUCAACCACGUCUCUAUGAUGAUGUCAUGGCAACAAGCUCCAGCCCCUCCUAGGGGCCUUCUGCCUGAACCAUGUGUCCGGACUGAAUUCAGCAAACUUCCCGGAGCAAGACGCUGUGUUCCCCCGCCCAGGGAAGCCAUCUGCUGCCCUCCAGCAGCUCCUUCUGCGGGGCUUCGAGCUCGCCAGCCGGGCUGGAAAGCUCUCCUCCUCCUCCUCCUCGCUUGCCCCGGCUCUCCUCGGCCAUCUUGCUAGCAGAAGGCUGGGGAACGCGGGGCUGGCUGAAUCUGGGGCGGUGAUGGUGUCAGCCGGAGGCGGUUUCCAGGCAACUGUCGCGCCGUGGGACACGCGAGCCAAGAACACCGGGGACACGGCGUUCCCAGCGCGCCGCCUGCCAGGGGACCGAGACACACACCCGGGGACACGGCACAGGACCGUGCGGAGAGGGCAGCGCAGGCAUGGCUGCAGAGGAGGGGGGCUCCAGAAUAUCCCCUCCUGCCCACUGCCCAUCACACCUUCCCUGGAUGGGAGCAUUUCCAAGCUGGCUGCUGGUGCAUCACGCGACAAGGAAGGACUACAUGAUGUAUGGGAUUUCACAUGCCUUCUGCAUCAUUUGGAUGAUCAAAAAGAAAAGGAACGUUGUGCCAGACUGUAUCCCAGCCCACAGAACUACUGCAGGUGGUCCCGUGCUUCUCUGUCCCUUAUCAAAUACAAAGCUUCACCCCUACAAGUCAUGAACCGUUUUUGUGCACACAUCCCAGCUCUGUGUCUCUGGGUGUCACUGAAAAAGUGAAUUUCUUGUAAGAAAAAAAAAGAUCUUCCACAAGCUGACAAUCUUCCCCAGUACUUGGUGGGUCCCACUGCCCCUCUGUGCUGAUGCCCAAGGCAGUAUCCCCACUCCUGCCUGGCUCCCCUACCUGAUUUAGAGGUCCUGGGAACAUCCCUGACCCUGAAACUCACCUGUCUGGUAGCCCUUCUUUACACUGCACACCCAGCAUUUCUCCUCACAGCAAUGUCAAUACUCACAUUCCCUUUGUUUUAUCCAGUUUGAGUGGUUUUUGAGACGGGGUUUGAGUACAACUGAUUUUCAAUAGAUGAGGGUGAUAAAAUUGAUAUAGCUGAACAAUGGGAAAAAAAUUCUUGUGGAUUCUGAGAGAGCAGCUAUGAUGAACAUGGGGAAUGGGGCUACAUCAUGCUUGGUAGGGUGUGUGCUGCAGAGGGGCAGAACUGUUUGACUGUAUUCAGCCCUGUAUUCAAGGAAAUAUUCUGCAGCCCUGUGCAGGUGUGAGUACUGAGAGACAGGACAGUGGGGAGUCAUCUGCAGCCAUUGCUGUCCCUGAGCCAGUGUUGCAGCUAUUGAUUUGGAACCUGCCCUGUUCACUCUAACCUUGGCAGUGCCAGCUUGACCCUUAUCAGCGCUGAUAAACCCUGCCACAACCUCCUGUCCCAUCCUGGUGGUGUCACACCGUGAGAUGCUGCGGUGACAGAUCUUUCCUGCCACUCUGCACUUGCACUGGUUGCUCUUUUGCUGAGAUGCUCUAAAUCCAGGAAACAUCUCUCCUACUUUUGCACAGAGGCUGCAGCCACACCAACGUUUUUAACCCUGUGUGGCUGCCCAUCCCUUGCUGAGUGUUUUGCGUGAGGAAGGAUGCGGUGCCGGCUGCAAACGCUUUUCCAGAGGAAAUUCAAAAUCAGCCUUCUCCUUCUUCUGCUCCUGGCCCUUCUCAUGCACCUGGUGAUGGAUUUUGCUCUCCGCACAGCCCACAGGCCCUGUGGCUGUGAUACAAAAGCAUCAAAAGCUGGGGGUGUCCCUUCAGGCAGCCCCAUGCCAGCUGGCCUCAAAAAGCUGAGCCUGCGAAUCCUUCAGGAUUUCAGUGGAAGCAACGGCUCCUUGGAGAAAAGUUCCCAGCCACAGAAAAUGGGGCUGCACUUGGGGGCUGAAGAGCCAGGGGUCCAACAGCAACAGGAAGAAGGGAAUGAAGGGUGGACCAAGGGAUCCAAGCUGGCAGCACUCUUCGAGCAUCCUCUUUACAACAUCCCAGUCCCAGAGGUGACAGAGAAAGACAAGCUGUUUAUCAUCAACCCCAUGGAGAAGUUCAGCCUGCACAGCAGCAGGAGUGAUGAAUGGGUCAGCAGCAGUAAAGCCGAGACGCUCCUCCCGACAGGGAAGACAGCCUAUGACACCUACCCCACCUGGCUCAAAUUCCACAUCGGCAUCAACCGCUAUGAGCUGUACCCCCGCCGGGACCCCUUGUUGCCCACGCUUCUCCGGGAUCUGGCCACGCAAAGGAUCGUCAGUUCAGUCCAGAAGUCUGGUGGGACCCAGCUCAAGCUCAUCAUGACGUUCCCAAACUAUGGGCAGGCCCUCUUCAAGCCCAUGAAGCAGACCCGGGACCAGGAGACCCCCAUUGAUUUCUUCUACUUCUCAGACUUUGAGCGGCACAAUGCAGAGAUUGCAGCCUUCCACCUGGACAGGAUCCUGGAUUUCCGGCGAAUCCCCCCAGUUUCUGGCCGUUUGGUCAACAUAACAAAGGAAAUUCGGGAUAUCACCACAGACAAGAAACUGGCCAAGACUUUCUUCAUCUCCCCAGCGGGAAAUGUCUGCUUCUACGGGGAGUGCUCCUACUACUGCUCCACCGAGCACGCCCUCUGCGGCAAACCAGACCAGCUGGAGGGCUCCAUGGCUGCCCUGCUCCCUGACAAGACCCUGGCCAAGCGGCGCUCCUGGCGCAGCCCCUGGCGCCGCUCCUACCACAAGAGCAAGAAGGCUGAGUGGGAGCUGAAUCCCAACUACUGUGCUCAGGUGCGAGAGACACCGCCCUAUGACAGGGGCCAUCGCCUCCUUGACCUCAUCGACAUGACGAUCCUGGAUUUCCUCAUGGGCAACAUGGACCGGCACCACUACGAGACCUUUGAGAAAUUUGGGAAUGACACUUUCCUGCUGCACCUGGACAAUGGUCGCGGCUUCGGCACACACUCACGUGAUGAACCAUCCAUCCUGGCCCCUCUCCAGCAAUGCUGCAGCAUCAAGAAGUCGACUUACCUGCGGCUGCAGCUGCUGGCCACCCAGCCCUACCGCCUGAGUGACGUGCUGCGGGAGGCGCUGGCCGCAGAUCCACUGGCCCCUGUCCUGGCUGAGCCCCACCUGCGGGCACUGGACCGGCGCCUGGGGAAGGUGCUGGUGGCAGUGGGACACUGCCUGGCCAGGGCAGCCCGCCAGGAAGAGGUGCUGGUGGACGAUGUGGGGUCAUGGGUGUGAUGGGGGGCUGGGUACCCUGCUGGAUUGGGCUGUUUUGGUGUGCUGCCCAGGAUGAUGUGGGGAUCCAUGUGCAGCUCUGAUUCUGUGUAGCGUCAGCUUUUGGUGGUGCCAGAGCUGGUGGUGUGAUGAACCAGGAAAGCAGGUUGUAAGGAUAGCUGGGACAGGGAGGGAAUUUAAAUAAAAAGGUUGGCCUAGUGGAGAAGACAUGAGCUGUGAUCUUCCCCACCAAGGCUGCUUUCCCAGC